UCUAUUUACGAUUCUUUCCUCCCGAUAGUAAAGACAUGGUUCUGUGGACAGUACAUAUGCUGAUUAGCUGGGUAUUGCUUUCAGCGCGCUGGGAAGAGAACAAGUACUGGCUUGGUGAAGUUGUUGAUCAGGUGACAGAUGUGCAGCUUGUAGACCAAUGCAGCGUACUAAAACGCUCUUUCUCCUUGUUGAAACCUUCAAAGACGUGUGAGAGGCGUUCACUUGCAGCAUUUUCUUCUGACAAGCAGACCCGAGGGCGUGCCUCCGCUCAGCAGGAAGUUCGCUGACGUCCGGCAAAAAUAUAUGCACCUAUGAAUGAAGCGCUGACCACCUGAGUGAUUGGAUUACCACACAAGUUGAGAUCCUCUUUCCAUUGACCAAUCCGUGCGUUCAUAACGCCUCAGUGGACCAUGUAAGGUGCGCCGGAAGCUUGAGACUCAAAGAACGCCCAUGGCAGAACCGGGGGGAUCCCUGGGGGUUGCUUUAAGGGAUGGGGCAGGAUUCCAGGAGAGCAGCUUGCCUAAGCUCCAAAAGGACCUGGAAAAGUCAGAGAAGUUCGAACUAGCUUUCAUCAAUGGCAGCUUGCUGUGUUCUCCAAAAGCAAGGGCCUUUGGAUCGGCAAUGCAGUCUUUCUUCGAGCGGGCCAUGACAGCAGAGGAAAACAACAGGGUUUCUAUCCUCAAUAACAACGGGCAACUCCUCUCAACGCGCCGGACGCUGGCAACUGUCAGCCACAAUGAGCUGGUAAAAGUGGGUGCAAAUCUCAUGGAUGGGCAAAAGCAGGUGGACAAGGAGACGAUGACGACAAAAGCCAAGGGAACGACAAGGACAAAAGCCCCGGUACCUGAGUGGUACCCCAUGUUUCCGGUCCCCAACGACGCGCGAAUUGGCCAUUCGCCAAAGUGUCUCGCAGACCCCAAGCUCCAUGCAGAGUGUAAAGGCUGCGGCAGACAGCCGAGCCGUGCCGAGUACCGGGAGUCGAAGUUCCGGGAACGCGUGCAGAAACUUAAACAAUCGGAGCUCUGGCUAUUGAUUGACGCGGUCUUCGAGCACUUCCGCGGCAAGGCUAAGGAGCUCAAGGCGCUGGAGGAGUUCAUGAACGGCUACUUCAAGAAGAGCACGCUCAGCAUCCCCGUGCAGGCUACCAUGGCAGAGUACUUCGCCUUUCUGACAGCCGAAGCGGAGAACAGGCUUGGGGUUUUGGGGACCCCCCCGGAGAACCUUGGAGGGGGCCAGUCUGCAGGGGGCGGUGAAUCAGGGGGUUUGCGCGACGGGCCUGUCAUAGGCCACGGGGCUGGAGCGCGGGACUUGGCUGCGAACGGGGUUGAUGCCACUGUCAAAACGGAGAGGACGCCCAAACGGGUUCGGGACGGAUUAGAAGGAAAUAACCUCGGCGGUCACCCCCCAGCAGUAAAACCGCGGCAAAAGGAUGGCCCUCAACCACAGGGGCUGUUUGAGGGUGCACAGAACGGCCACCAAAUUGUUGAGGGCCUAGACUUGCCCUCCGAGUUGGACCCUGUGGACUCCGUACUGAAGGUUUUCGAGGAGGAGUGCGCCGCAACCGCUCGGGAUGACGUCACUGCAGGCGUCUCCGGGUCCUCUGGGGGUGUUCCUGGAACUGUGGACCAGACGUCAGUCCCGGAGCAACACGUCCCGCCUCCUUUGUAUGGUCCCACCCCUGCUGCAGCCGGCGCAUCAGGGGACAGACGGCGCCCAUGGGACUCACUCGGCCGGUUUCUAUUACCGGGGUGUCUAUCACCGCAAGUGCAACAAGGGGACAUGCUGGUCGCUCCUGGCCCCAUCCGCGGUGCCAGUUCGAGAAUGAGUGCCGCCAGGAGGCUCAGUGAGCAUCUUGGAGUGCCGCUAAGGGAGGAGUGGCUUCGUGAGGAUGCUGCGGCUGCGCGAGAGUUCAGCAGUCCCGAACAGUAUACCCAGGCACCGCCCAGUCCUGAGUACCAACAAGGAUCGGAUCUACUCCUACUGGGCAUGAUGGCUCGCGCAAGCCUAUCCACGGAGCUUAAAUUACUACGGAGGCACCACACGUACUCCUACCGGGAACUAGAAGCGGCCACCGACAGCUUCAGCCCCGCCAGGCUCUUGGGAGAGGGCGAGGUUGGAAAACUUUACCACGGCACGCUCGCCGGGACGCCGGUGGCUAUCAAGGUCCCACACCCCGAGGUUUUGCAGGGGGGCAACGUGUUUCAGCACGAGGUGGACAUCCUAGGCCGCCGGCGCCCUUGGGCCACUGUAAGGUUUAUGGGAUACUGCCCCGGCCACUUCUGCCUUGUCUACGAGUACUGCCACAACGGGUCCUUGGAAGACCGCCUUGCCAGGAAGGGCGGUUCCCCGCCGUUGCCGUGGUUCAUCAGGAUCAGGAUCGCCUGCCAGGUCGCCGAUAGGCUCCUACUCACCAUUCCAGGCGCCAUUUUCCAAGAUGUGAAGCCGUCCAACAUCCUUCUGGACCUUCACCUCAAAGCAAGGUUGGCUGAUGCGAGCAUCUUGUCAGUGGCAGCGCCCAACGUCACGUCAUCCACACCAACGGCGAAAGGAUCCGGCGAUGGCGGCCCCUCGCAGUUGUCGUUUCGCCCUGUUGAGGAGGACGCAGUGGACCUAUUCGGCUUCGGCGUGGUCCUCCUUCAGCUUCUCACCAACCUACCACCACUUGGGAUUGUGGGCACGGUCAACAAAGCGUUGAAGCACAAGAAGAUCAUGGCAUCGGUGGAUGUCGAGGCUGGGGAUUGGCCGAAAUCCGUGGCGGUUAAGGUCGCUCGUCUGGGCCUCGCGUGCACCACGAAGCGCAGCCUGGACCGCUAUCAUCUGAGGAAGGUCUUAAUCAAACUGCAGUAUGUUCUUGGCGUGCUAAAUGAACACCAAAAUGAGUUCACGAUCUGCGGCGAGAAAGAGAAAGGUCUGACAGACAGGUCGGCGCCGCCAAGCGCCGCCGCCAAGCGCCGACCGUGCUGGAGCCGGUCGACUCGACUGAUGUGUCCACGGUCGGGAAGCUCACAAGGGAGGAACGGUGGACUUCUUUGCCCCUUGACGGGCCCAGAAGGGUACGUCGGUCGAUCGGAAAGCGUAUGAGCUGGGUCAAACGCCUUGCUUCGCGUUGGAAAAGAUAGGCAUCCCGCAUCGACUGCACCACGCCCAUCGUACGUAUACGUUUAGGCACAGAUUAAUCCUCGGUAAAAGUUAGAUGUAAAGCCCGCUUGUACACUCCCGGGCCUGAUGUUGUAACUCAAAUCAUUUUUCCUUGACCGCGUUCUUAGUCGUAGCUAGGUUGUACGAUAUCGUAAAAGAGUCUACAAGUCUGGUACCGUCCGAAAACGAGCUUGCUCCACUUGCAAAAGAUACUAUAGCCAUCUAGACUUUGGGCGUUGAACAAUCUCUGUUUUGUGCAUAGGUCAAGUUGCUUUGACGUGGCUGUA